GUCGCAUCUGUUGCCAUUUAAGUAUAUUUUUAGUAACACACUAACCAGAUCAACACGGCAAAAAUGGCGUCAAAGAGCUGGCAAGCAGAAAUUUUGGCUGGAGUUAAUCGGAUCCCAAAUACAGGCGCUGUACCCGGAGUUCUCACUGUAUUGAAGGACAAUGUUCGUUCCAUACUACCAGGAAAUCAAGUUUGGAUGGCUGCUGCAGAAUAUGGGAAAGGUCGGGUUAUGGUGCUGGCACAUGAAGGUUACUUAUCAGAGUUUCAUUCAUCAACUUACAACAACCAUAACAUCGCACAGCUGAAUUAUAAUAUGAAACAGUGGCUGACACGAGGAAAUUUUGUAUCAAAUACCGAAAUUGGAAUUUUAGGAUCUAUCACAAGAGACAUUUUGCCUCAUUAUAAAAUACUUGUGUGGAGUGGUGCUAAUGGAGUUAAAAACGUGACAUCAGAGGAUCUGCUUCAUUUUGUUCAAAAUGGGGGUUCAGUUGUUCAUGCCAUGUGUUCCUGGGGAUGGCUUCAAGUCCAUGCCGGUAAAUCAUUAAAUGACAUGCCCUUCAAAUCCUUCUUAGAUAAAAUUGGGGUUAAUUAUCAAAAUUCAGCAGUUCAUAUCCCAAAGGAUGGGAUCGACGUUAGUCAUCUUGUUCCCAGCACUGUAACUUACAAGAAAGUAUCCGAUCCUUCAGCGUCAUUACCAUUACCACCCCACCCUAUUUCUAAUGAUCAAUGUGCAAACGGCUGGCGGUCUGAAAUCUUGGCAGGUGUUGAUAAUAUUCCCCAUACAGGAGCGGUUCCAGGAAGUCUUCUGGUAUACGGCGAUCAAGCACGUCCUAUUCUCUCGGGAAGUAAGAAUAUCGAUGUCUGGAUAGCUGCCAGUGAGGUGGGUGAAGGGAGGGUGCUUGUGCUGGCCCACGAAGGUUAUCUGAAAGACUUUAACUCUCAAAACGCGAAUAAAAACCUUCGAAUACUUCACAACAAUAUGAAGCAAUGGCUGACCAAAGGCAGGUUCAAAAAUGGGUCCAACAUUAUAUACUCAAACACUCCCGGAAAGACUUUAGAUUCGGCAUCAGGAUCAAUUCUUAUUUGGUCAGGUCAGAGACAUGUUUCAUAUACAUCUGAGGAAGUUCUCAAUUUUAUCAUUUCUGGCGGUGCGCUGAUUCACGCGACAUGCCCAUGGGGUUGGAAACAAGUAAAUGGGGGCAUUUCAUUUGAUGAAAUGCCAAUGGCUGAUAUUCUGGAUGUGGCUGGGAUAGAUUAUACGGAAAAAUAUGUUCAAAUUCCUGCACAAGGCUUAAAUGUUUGUGACUGUUCUUCAACUGACUCAUGUCAUAUUGGACUUGCUGUGGACGCCAUUACCACAGAUUUACGAAAUUUGUCACAUGUAGGAGAGGCGGUUGCAUUAAUAAAUGAGAUGUCAGAAUCUAAACUGAAAAAUUUCUCUGUAAAGCUUAACCCCCUCGUUCAGCUUAUAGAAUCGCCAACAGCAGAGGUGGUGCCAUCAGAACACGCUCCAGUGAAGGGUACUUCUGGUAAAGCCAUGAUGGGUUUGUGUGAGGUACUUCACAAGACCGGCAAAAUGAAAAGUAAGCUUCCUGGAAUACAUCUCUUUCCUGGGGAUUUUACAGAAUGCCCCAACAAAUCUACGGUGCGACUGGAAGUUCAAUCUUAUCUGGCCGACGUUCACCCAACGGGCUAUUACGCCAAAGCUGAUGAGGAAAUAGCAAUUACAAUCUUAAACAAAGAUGCUACAAAGGAAGGUUGGAGACUACAGAUUGGGGCCCAUAGUGAUUGUCUCUCGGGAUCUGAUCACCUUAAAAGAUGGCCAAAAGUUGUGUGUUCACAAGCUCUGACAAAUGAGGUUACUAUUAUGAAGUCUACUUUUGGAGGGUUAGUUUACUUGCUCAGUCCAAACGGGAGAAAAAAUAUCACAGUCCAACUAGAUAACGUCAUCGAAGCUCCACUGUAUGAUGUCAACAUCCCUUCAACCGCUGAAAACUGGUCGGUUAGAAGGAACGCCCCUGGACUUUGGACCGACCUUUGUGGUGAGUUCCUUAUAAUCACACUUCCAUCGAGCAGCAUUAGAGAUUUAAACAGCCCUGUUGAAGUUAUGCAAACUUGGGAUAGAGUUCUCAAGGCCCAUUUUCAUUUAAGGGGCAGUGAUAUACGAAAACAUCGCAGACAGUGGUUGGUCACCGAUGUCCAACCAUCAGUAGGCUACAUGCAUUCAGGUUACCCAGUGGUCACCCAAUUGGAUGUAGCAGAUCCAUCACACGAAUUUUAUCUACUUAAUAAUGAAUCUUUGUGUAACAAAGGAUCCUGGGGUGUCUUUCAUGAAUUUGGUCAUAACAUGCAGCGAGGUGUUUGGACCUUUGCUGGAACAGGAGAAGUUACCGUCAACAUUUUUACACUUCAUGCCAUGCAGAUGAUUGCCGGGCUGGAACCAUGGAUCCAUUCCUGGUUACAGAAUCAAAUACCAGCCACGAAGACUUAUUUGAACAGCAACGAGGAUUACAGUAAGUGGAAGUCCAAUCCUGGAAUUGCUCUUUUCAUAUAUGCCCAAAUUGCGCACCAUUUUGGUUGGCCCGUCUUCAAAGAGAUCUUCCGAAAAUACGAAAGCAUGGAUAACGGAAUUUACCCCAACAAAGAACAGGACCAAAUAGAUCUUUGGUAUAUCCUUUUGUCAGAUAUUACAGGACAUAAUCUCUCGCCCCUGGUGGACUUCUGGAAAAUACCUUUAAGUACCAAUGCAAGACAAACUAUGAAUAAACAUAAAGCUUUUCUACCCGAUGAUGAAGUUAUUGGGUUUUCUAAAGAGAGAGAGAUCAGCACAUUGCAGCAGUACCGGGAUUGUAUUAGAAUACCAACCCAUCUUUUACAAGAUACUUACAAUCAACAUGUUAAUCCCCCUGUUAUUCAAGAUGCUCGUCUUCAUGUCACCGUACUUAAAUGUAGCUAAACAGUUUCUGGGGAAACUAUAAAGUAGAAUAUGCAACGAGAACUGUGUAACUUAGUUAGAUUUGAUGAUAUUUCAUUUAAUCCUACGAUCCAACUUCCAUCAUGCGAUUUAUCUUAUUGAACUGUACAGACAAGUUAUCUGUCAGUGGAUGUAUAUUGUGCUAAAACCUAAAACUCGUUGUUGAUGUCGUUCACUCUUAAUUAUAAUGGUAUUUUCUGUUUACUUUGUGACUUAUAUAUUAUGAAACGGUCAAUCAAUAUGCCUGGCGAAACUUGUUUUCGCGGUUCUGUCUUCACCGGACCACACAAUCUUUAAUUUGUUUGUUGUAUUUACUUCUUUCAAGGUUUAUAUUGUUUGUUAUUCUAGUUUUUUCCUAUUUAGUAUCGUUAUGAUUGUUAUUGGGCUGUAUAACGGUAUAGACAAAUUUGUUAAUCUACAUGUAUAACUUAUAACUGUUUUUGCAGAAUAUUUUCUAUAUUUAAUUUUUCUAUUUAUUCUAUUGUUAUUUUGAAAAUAUAUCUCUGGUCUUUCAACAACGUAUUAUUAUCUUUUAUUGCAUGCUUAAUCAUUCUGAUUAAAACACAGAUCCUAC